UAAAAGGGCUUGAGGCAUUAUUGGAGGUUUACUAGGUUACUUUUUCUUUGUUCCUAGUGUAAUGGCACAUCCUUUUUCCUUCAAUCCUAACUUUUUCGGAUUCCAUCCUUGAGGAAAAAACAAAUUAUGCAUUGAAAAAUCCAUCCUGUAUAUAUCUCCAUAUUGAUUCUCAUUCGAUAAAUACAUAAAUAAAUUCUUGUAUGGUGACAUCCCAUCGUGCCAUCUUAAUGUAGUGCGAAAGCGAUCUCUAUACGUGUUAUUUAUUGAAGACGUGAUUUAAAUAAAUAAUUUUGUUCUCCUUUGUGAUUCAACACAAUAUUAUGAACAUGUAGAUGUUCCUAGCUCAAGGUCAUGUCACUUGUUAUUAAAAUUGAAUUAUUUGAAUAAGUUUUCACAUGGUAGUUUUCAUUGAAGAUAUUAACUUCAUCUUAGCUUUAAUAUAUUAAAUUUUUAAACGAGUUUGUUCAACAUUAUCAACUCGCCUUUUUAAAUCCUUACCUUGCUAGCACAAUCUCUCCACUCUCACCACAAUACCCACAUCAACCACGAUGACCGCCCCCUCCACUACCACCAUCACUGCCAGUAAUCCGGAUACCAACCCAGGCUUCCACCAGACAUCGGAAUUCUAUCAAGAAAAAGUUACAGCCUUGCCUCCAACCCAUGACGACCUCGAGUUCUGGCAAUUCAUGGUUGCAGGCUCCAUUGCUGGCUGUGUAGAACACAUGGCCAUGUUUCCAGUGGACACCCUAAAAACUCGAAUGCAAGCCAUUACUUCUUCAUUCAAAACGCCAGCAAUAACUCUGCGUCAGUCCCUCGGCUCGAUCAUGAAACUUGAAGGCCUCGGGGGCCUUUACCGAGGCAUUGCUGCAAUGGGAUUAGGGGCCGGACCUGCUCAUGCAGUGUACUUUUCAGUUUAUGAAACUUGCAAGAAAUUUCUAACAGCAGGAAAUCCAAAUAAUUCAAUGGCACAUGCUGCUUCUGGUGUUUUUGCUACUGUAGCCAGUGAUGCUGUGUUAACGCCGAUGGAUGUGGUGAAACAAAGGCUACAAUUAAAGGGCAGUCCCUAUAAAGGGGUGGCGGAUUGUGUGAAGAGGGUCGCGGCGGAAGAGGGGAUCGGAGCUUUUUACGUUAGUUAUAGGACUACUGUGGUUAUGAAUGCGCCCUUUACUGCAGUUCAUUUCGCCACCUACGAGGCCACGAAGAGGGCUCUGAUGGAGGUAUCACCGGAUUGUCGUGGUGAUGGCAAUGAGGACGAAACUUUGCUGGUGCACGCAACUGCUGGUGCCGCUGCUGGAGCGCUGGCUGCUGCCGUAACUACCCCACUGGAUGUCGUCAAAACUCAGUUGCAAUGCCAGGGCGUUUGUGGCAUAGAUCGAUUUUCGAGUAGUUCAAUCAGUGAUGUUAUUCGAACAAUCUUGAAAAAAGAUGGAUAUGGUGGGCUUACAAGGGGUUGGAUUCCCAGAAUGCUAUUUCAUGCCCCUGCUGCUGCAAUCUGCUGGUCAACAUAUGAAUCAGCCAAAGGCUUUUUCCAAGAAAUCAACGGCAGAAAUAGUUCCAUGAACUGAUCAAGAUAUUGAACUUUUGGACAAAACACAAUCUGGUUGAGCAGGAAAAAAUUGCUGCUUCUAUAACUGUAGUAUUUGAAUAAUCUAAAGGCUUUUUGCUCUAUUCA